AUGGAAGAGACCACCUACUUCUGCUACACCGAAGGUGUUGACGCGCAGUGGUUGCAGCUGGGAAGUCUAGCGUUCGACUAUGCGAAUCCGCGCACGCGAGAACCAUACGUCCACAGUUCCGAAAAGAUUUUGCAAGAAACCCCUCUCAGGGCAAGUGCAGACCAGAGGCCAACAUGUUACCUGGCAUACGAACGCGGGAAAAGCAGCAAUCUUGGCGGGGGACUGAAGAGCCUGCUGGAGUUUGACCACUCUCGGGCGGGAAGGAGUUAUUCUUUGGUUGUUGGGAAGGACGGCAGCAAGGUCGAGUUGAACAGUCCUGAAAACUACUUUAUGGAGGUCAUCUUGCCAGAUGCCAAAGCGAAUCGAUGGCUCCGUUCACAUCUGUCGGUGUUCAGCAGGUGGGACGCGUUGAAGAGAAGAAUGGAUUUCCGACCUAAGAUCUGGAUGCUUACCGGGAUCUAUCUCAUCACCGACGCAUUCUACUACACGGUCCGCUCCAGAGAAAGCUCCAACGCGACCAAGGUGGACAUUCAGAUCCCGGAACCCACGGGCCUGGCAGAGCUCCUGGAUCUCAAGGUCAAUGUGCACGCCCAGCUGAGUAGCAACAGCGUGGUGACUGCCAGCGGUCAAAUUCUCGGGAAGAGAGUCUGGGCGGCACAGUGGCAGCAGGUCGACGCCAGGAUCAUCAAGGAUGAAGACUGGAAGACGGCGGCGCCGAACAGGCUGCGGUUGCUACCUCUUCGGACCCAGGCCGUCAAAAGUGGUCCUGAGGAGGCAGAGUUGAAUAUCAGAAAGAAGCAGAAUUUGAUGGACAAUCAUGAAAGUGAGUCUUUGGGGGAAGAUGCUGACGCCUGGCAGGAGUUCGAGCAGGCUACACGUCAGAUCGAGAAACAACUCGAUGGAUUGGCUAGCUCCUAG